GAAGUCAAUAGACCUUUUGCGCUUUGACUGGGGGGGGAGCUGCGAAGUGCGGCUUUCGUCGCGUGCCGCUCCUGACGGGUGGUGGCACGAAGGGGCGUGAGGCGACACCCGAUUGGACGAUCAUGUAUUAAGGACGAUAAGCAGGGGAGCGGCGCUCCUUAACCACACAGCAAAGCCCAUCUGCCGAACCGAACUUAGCGGAUCGUAUCCGACCCAUUAAAACACGCUACGCGAAACGGUAGAGAAGAACCGAUCCUAAUCCAGGCCCCCCCAUGUUGCCUUGCCUGAGCCGAUAUGGAUGAUGGAGAAGCCUGUGUUGAGUUUGGAGAGAACAAGUUUGUUAGCAAGGAGAUGCUGCUCUCACAUCUCAGGACGUACAAUUUAUACAACCAGGGGCAGAACGUACAGCUCAGACACAGAGAGGAGGAGGGGGAGCUGAUUGUGGAAGGUCUGCUUAAUGUUUUCUGGGGUCUACGGCGGCCAAUCAGACUGCAGAUGCAGGAUGACAAGGAGCCAAUCAGACCGCCGCCCUCCUCCACCUCCUGGCAUUCCGGCUGUAGUCUUGACACACAGAGUGAUGAUGCCGCACAGCAAGCCCCGCCCACAGAGGAAGUGACAGACCCAAAGGACCAAUCGCAAGACGGCAUUAUGACAAACAGCAAAGAGACAGAUGAGACUCCAGAACAGGAUGAUGAAUUACACAAAAUACACCAGAUUCCCAAAGAUACAGGUGAGGGGGAAGAAGAUUCUCCACAGCUCCAAAGGACAAAGAGUGAUGCGGGGGUUUGGAGGCGGGGCGCCAGAAGGUCGCCUAGCGACCAGCGACGAAUCAGGCGCCACCGAUUCUCAAUCAAUGGCCACUACUACAACCACAAGACGGCAGUUUUCACUCCCGCCUACGGCUCCGUCACCAACGUCCGCAUCAACAGCUGCAUGACCACGCAGCAGGUUCUGCGCGUGCUGCUCAACAAGUUCAAGAUUGAGAACAGCCCGGACGACUUCGCGCUGUACCUGGUGCACACCAGCGGAGAGCGCGUGCGGCUGAAACACACCGACCACCCCCUGGUGGUGCGUGUGCUCCAAGGACCGUGUGAGCUGGUCAGCAAGAUCUUCCUCAUGGAGAAGGACCUGGGAGAGGAGGUCCCCUACGACGUGGCUCAGUACAUCAAGUUCGAGAUGCCAGUCCUGCAGAGUUUCAUCACCAAACUGAAAGAGGAAGAAGACAGGGAGGUGCAGAAACUCAGGAGCAGGUAUUCGUCUCUCCGCUGCCUGAUCGAGAAGCAGCUGCAGCUGCUGCCAGACGGCCCUUCACGCAUGUGAUGCAGGGUUGCCAAGCAACUCGAAAUGUACAUCGCAAGCACACGUGGAUCUGCAGGAGAUCGGAGUCAGUUAACGCUGGCCAUUUUCGAAAAAAAGACGGCAUCAGCGUGUCUAAGUGAGCAUGGGGGUUGGUAGUCUCUAAGGAAGACUAUGGUGUGAUGCAAGGCACCUUACUUCAGGAGGAAGGGCAGGAAGUCUCUCCAUGUUGACAUAAUUAAUUUAUUCUUCUUACAUUCAUCUACUUGCUUCAUUGCUGGGCUCCUGCUUCCUUAUUUCAGCAUUUUCCGUACUAUAUCUACUGGAAGGGAAACCUACAAUUUCAAUAUCCACCCAUGACUGUAACUCCAAGGAAACUUGUCAUGUAAUUGUGAGAUUUCGAAAAUGCCACGUGCUUUCCCACAAAUGAGACCGCAGUCCAGCUCACACGCGUUGCUCGGACACACAGCUGCAUGGAACCUUCCUCCAGCCGAGCUUCCGACACUGAGCUACUGAUCAAUGAGCUCCUCUGCUGUCUUGUUGCUACGGCAAUCGUGGAGGGUCAAACCCAGUCAAACUGUGUGGGCAAAAGGCUUUAAAUGUACAGACCAUGUAAUACCUACUUUCACCUCUAGGGUGUAAUACGUAACGUUUGACAUGCCAGUCCUGCAGAGUUUCAUCACCAAAUUGAGAGAGGAAGAAGAGAGGGAGGUUCUGGGGAGAAGAUGCAGAUUUAUAUCAGGUUAGAGAAUCCUGCAGUAGGAGGAUAGAGACGCUCUCCAGUGUCCGUCUUUACCAUGGCGUGUUAGGAUCUCUGAAUCAGCUCGCUUUCCUGUUCCUGAUGAAGUGCCUAAAUUGCUUUUCAAUUUGCAUUUUUUUUUCAGGCAAGCACAAUUUGUAAAGCUUUUUUCUUACAAAUAGUAUGAGAGACGUGUCCCUAGGGAAAUGUCAGAGUAGAUGUGUAGUGAACGGGAUGGCGUGCCUGUGCUGUGCUGUGCUGUGCUAUGUGGAAGGGGGCUCUGCUCAGGCAAACCUACAUGUGUGUGUGUGUGUGUCAGUGUAUGAAAGGGUGGAGAUUCAGCACAGGGAGUACACAGCUGUAGGAACCCAUUUGACAGCACAGCGUUUGUGUCUUUGCACCUUCAACCAGGACUGUCCUUUUAUCCCCCAGGGGUUCUCCACUCCACCGACUAGUUUUGUUGUCGAUGCAAAAAGAUAUAAGGAACUUUCCCACCACAGGAACUUUUUUCAGGAACUCGGCCCAAUUGUAGUCCCUAGUCCAGAGUAGCUACUUUUUGCUUGACCAGGAACUACUAGGUAGGGCUUAUAACAAUUUACCUUGCUGAUUGGUUGACCACAAGCACUGGGGCUAUUAAUUAGUGGGUGGAAAAGAGAGUAGCACAGCAAAAAAUUGAGCAGAUGGAAUUAUUUUUGUAUCUCAGUCACAUUAAAUCCAUUAAUGAACACCCUUUUGCUUGCGUCUCCAUAUUUCUGCAUUGGAAAAUUCAGUUGACAACCCAUAUACUUCUGUCUAACAUCGCCGGUGUCGAUGAAACUUGCCAAUGCUUAUUAGCGGAAUAAUGUUGCAUUGUUUUUUAUUCUGUGGGAAAUGUGGGUCUGCUGGCCAGAUUUAAUAAUGAAUCAUAAACACGUCUUGGGCCCUAUAAAUGAAAUUCGCCAUUUCGAAGUGAUUUGUGCUGUUUUUUUAGAUCGCGCAAUCGAUUCCCCCAGUAACGAACAAAACGGAUUCUUCGUCCUCAGUUAUUUUGCCGGUGGCCGUGUAGUUUCCUAUGAAAUUUCGUGUUUGGGAUAAAGGUCCCAGUUCCUGUUGUGCGGUAGGAAAGGGACACACGGAAGUAGCCAGGAACUACAAGAGUUCCCGGCCGAGAGGAAAAGCUCCUGUAAUAGCUUAUGGGACUCCUGGUUUCUGUGCUUUUGGGAUCAUUCAUGCUGUUCAGGGGGCUGAAGAUUAUCCCCAUGGUGCCGUUGCUCAGAAAUGGCAAAACCCCAGAGAGCUGGAGCAUUUGCCCCUGGUUUCCUUCUCUAAGCUCAAACUUCACAUGCUUGCCAAUGGAUUACAGGUUUGCCCCAAAACCUUUGCAGCCCCAAAACAUCCACACUCUCCCAGUGUCUCACUAUCACAAGGCUGCACACUUUGGUUGCUUUUUUUGCUCGUUUGCCUCCAUCUUCACCAGUAUUCAAGCAUUUCUGAGGAGUUCUUUGUGUCUCCCUUUGCUCUCCACAUACAGUGACACUUUACCACAUAUUUUUAAGAAAUAUACUUCGUUGUAUCUCUUUCUGAGUCAAUCUCACAGUGUGAUUCUGCAUAAAGGUUGUGAAUCCCGGAUACGUUUGAUGACAAGGAAGCUUCGUUGUAAAUAUUCCCUUAACUCUGAAUUUCAGAGGGAAAAAAGCAAUUAUUUGUCAUGUGUUGCUGGGUGAGUUAUGUGCUUUUCUGUAUAUGUCUAAUGAAAUCAGGUCUCGAAAAAGCAAUAUGUACUGUGAACCAAUAAAAUCAGCAGGAUUUAUAUGAAUGCGAA